AUGGCUGCAGUGGUUCAAAAAACCAAAUUAGUUCUUACAAUGACUGGAAUUUUUCUUAAUGAUGUCCUGAGUUUAAUUGUUUUCACUCUUCUAGACGUUCUUGAUUUUGUCUUAUGUUACGUGUACAAAAUCAUGGAUUUCUUCUUUGAAGCAGACUGGAAACCUUGUUAUUGUUCAUCAGCAAAAGAAGCGAUUACAAGCAGUGGCAAGAUUUUACUAUCUGAACAGGGAGAGCCUAAAAAAAUUGUGCGUUUAACUUCAAGCCAAUUGCAGCUAGAAGAAAUCUCAGACACACUCUACACACGCCCUUCAUUGGUGUACGAGGUUUCGAAAUCUACUGUCGAAAGGCUUAAAGUGGAGGGCACAAGCAGUGGUUCGGGUUCUUCCAUGAUCCAGUCUUGUGAGAAAAUCAAGAAAAGAAGAACCGUUCGAUCAACAUUCACUAUUAAUUCCACCAUUGUUGAAAUGCUUCAAGGAAGGAUCGGAGGGCAGCAAUCGCUUCCCAUUCCUAGAUGGUCGGAUUGUGAUUGUAAAACCUGCACUUCAUGGACCUCUUCUUGCAAAGAAACAUUAUUUGUCAAAACUGACGGGGCUAAAGAUAAUGCGCAAGAAGAUGUCCUGUUCAUUCAUGGAUUCAUAUCAUCAUCUGCUUUUUGGACUGAAACAUUGUAUCCAAAUUUUUCCAAAUCGGCCAAGUCGAAAUACAGGUUAUUUGCAGUGGAUCUGCUUGGUUUUGGAAGAAGUCCUAAGCCAACUGAUUCACUUUACACACUAAGAGAACAUUUAGACAUGAUUGAAAGAUCAGUUCUUGAGCCAUACAAAGUGAAGGGCUUUCACAUAGUGGCACAUUCAUUGGGCUGCAUUUUGGCCCUUGCACUUGCAGUCAAGCAUCCUGGCUCUGUCAAGUCAUUAACUCUACUUGCACCACCAUAUUUUCCACCACCAAAAGGUGAACGAGCCACACAGUAUAUGAUGAGAAGAGUGGCCCCACGGCGGGUGUGGCCAUUUAUAGCUUUUGGCGCGUCAAUUGCUUGCUGGUAUGAGCAUAUAAGCAGGACGAUCUGUCUUCUAAUUUGCAAGAACCACCGUAUCUGGGAAUUUCUAACCAAACUGGUCACCAGAAACAGGAUCAGAACAUACUUAAUGGAGGGAUUUUUCUUACACACACACAAUGCUGCAUGGCAUACUCUACACAACAUCAUUUGUGGUACUGCUGGAAAAAUCGAAGGAUACUUGGACGAGGUUAAGGACAGAUUGAAGUGCCAUAUCACUAUAUAUCAUGGCAAAGAUGACGAACUUAUUCCAGUCGAGUGCAGUUACAAUGUGCAAUCGAGAAUUCCUCGAGCCCAUGUCAAGGUGUUUGAAAAAAAAGAUCACAUCACUAUAGUUGUUGGAAGACAGAAGGCAUUUGCUAGGGAACUCGAGGAAAUAUGGAGGAAUGCAAGUGGUUGA